AUGUGUAAGCGUCACAUGUUGGGAUGUGAAUGGAUGAUUCGCUUUCAAGAGAUUUCAGGUGGUAUAUGGAAAGCAGGAAAAAUGAUACAACCACAUACUUGUCUAACUGAUAACUAUAAGGAAGAUCAUUUCAAUCUAAACAACAAUAUGAUUGUUGUUACGUUGGUACCACAUAGUAUGCAGAGCCCGAAUAUCAGUAUUAAAGCAGUUCGAGAAGUCAUCAAGUCAAAGCAUCAUUUUACUCCCAAUUAUAGAAAAGCUCAAAGAGGUCGAAAAAAAGCAUUUGUGAUGGUAUAUGAAGAUUUUGAAAGUUCUUUCAAAGCAUUACCUCGCUACAUGAUUGCACUACAAUAUUUCAAUCCCGAUGCUGUUGUUGAAUGGGAGCAAUAUUCUUCAACAAUGCAGGGUGAGAAAAUAUUUAAAUUUUUAUUUUGGACUUUUAAACCGAGCAUUGAUGGUUUCAAAUACUGCUGGCCGGUCAUUUCAAUAGACGGUACCUAUCUUUAUGGUUUGUACGAUUUGAAACUAUUAAUUGCUGUUGGGAUUGAUGCUAAUGGUAAUAUUCUUUCGCUUGCAUGUGCACUUGUUGCACGUGAAAGUUUUGAAUCAUGGUCAUGGUUUCUUAAGUUAUUGUGGAGGCAUGUUGUCGGUGAGAGAAAAAAAUUGAUCUCAUUUCUGACCUUUGUAAAGGAAUAUUACAAUGUGUUCAGCCUUAUGAUUGGUUGA